CCAGCCAUCUCCAGUGAAACCAAGAAAACCAGUUAGGCACCUUAGGCAUUCGUGAAAACUUAUCUAUGAUAUGGUGGAUAUUGUCCAACUGAACUUGAACAGUCUGAGAGAAAUCAGACAAAUUAAAACAACCCAUUCCUGGGGCAUGUUCACAUCCUUUAUGUUCUUUUAACAGUAAAUAGUCUGUAGUUGUAAGAUUUUGGAGCGCUACAAUUUGCACUUCUCCUAAUUCUUGGUUGACUUCCAACAGUAUAGAUCCAGUCAAAUUUGUUGUUUUACUGUAUGCACAGGCCAGCUUAGAUAUCUCCUUCCUCAUUCCCAUGGCAAGUCCAGGAACUGGUGGGAUGAGUGCAUCUACAGCUGUAGCAGUGCGUGGAUCUUUGUUGGGGUUUUUUGAUGAUCAUCUUCUGGCAUGAGUCUUCCAGAGAGUGCUGAUGUUGGAAGUUCUCUUUCAUAUCGUAUUCUGUUGCAUUUUAGAGUAAACUUGUCAAUGGAACGGUUCUAAUACAAUUUUGGUUGGAAUUGACUCUGUGGGUCAGUUGGGGGGAUUGAUAUUUUUUAAUUUGGGGGUACUCCAAUCCAGGAAUGUGGUAUUAUAUCCUUUCAUUUAUAUAGGAUUUCCUUCAGACAAUGUUAUGGUCUUACCCAUCUUUCAUUAUUUAUUCCUAUGUAUUAGAUUUUUGGUGCCCCUGUAGAUUAUAGCAUUUAAAGUUUUAUGUUUUCUAUUUCAUAUUCAAUUGAACUCGGUAAUGGAAGUCAUGGCAGAGAGACAGAUAACUCUUCUAAUGUUAAAGUAAUUGGACAGGUUUGCUGUUGUUUAAUUAUGCAGCAUUUAAUUAUGAGAGCUGAUCAAUAUUCAUUAGGCAAUAACACAUGUUCAUACUACUCCAAAUAGCCUUUUAAGAGAUGGUUCUAUUAAUAGUUAAGAGGAUUUACAGACUUAAACUGCACUUCUAGCAAAGAUACACAAAAUACUGAGCAGGAAAAUUGUCAGUCUUUGGGGAAAUAAAGUUACCUAAUGGUAGGAAUUCAUGCUUAGAAAUUCAGAUGUAAACCCGCACAUAUAUGGUCAAUUAAUAUACGAUAAAGGCCCAUGCAUAUACAAUAGAGAAAUGACAGCCUCUUCAACAGCUGGUGUUGGCAAAACUGGACAGCUACAUGUAAAAGAAUGAAACUGGAUUGCUGUCUAACUCCAUUCACAAAAGUAAACUCAAAAUGGAUCAAAGACCUGAAUGUAAGUCAUGAAAUCAUAGAACUCUUAGAAGAAAACAUUGGCAAAACUCGCUUGAAUAUAAACAUGAGCAACUUCUUCAUGAACAUAUCUGCUCGGGCAAGGGAAACAAAAGCAAAAAUGAACAAAUGAGACUACAUCAAACUAAAAAGCUUCUGUACAGCAAAGGACACCAUCAGUAGAACAAAAAGGCAUCCUGCAGUGUGGGAGAAUAUAUUCACAAAUGACAUAACUGAUAAGGGGUUAACAUUCAAAAUAUAUAAAGAACUCACAUGCCUCAACAACCAAAAAGCAAAUAACCCAAUUAAAAAAUGGGCAGAGGAUCUGAACAGACACUUCCCCAAAGAAGAAAUUCAGAUUGCCAACAGGCACAUGAAAAGAUCUCCACAUCGCUAACCAUCAGGGAAAUACAAAUUAAAACCACAAUGAGAUAUCACCUCACACCAGUUAGGAUGCCCAACAUCUGAAAGACAAGCAACAACAAAUGCUGGCAAGGAUGAGGAGAAAGUGGAACUCUCCUACACUGCUGGUGGGAAUGUAAAUUAGUUCAACCAUUGUGGAAAGCAAUAUGGAGGUACAAGGACCAAAUGAUUUCCCUCAUUUGUGGAGUAUAACAACAAAGCAAAAACUGAAGGAACGAAAGAGCUGCAGACUCCCAGAACCCAAGAAUGGACUAGUGGUUACCAAAGGGAAAGGGGUUGGGUAGGGUGGGUGGGAAGGGAGGGAGAAGGGGAAUAAGGGGUAUUGUGAUUAGCACACAUAAUAUGGGGGGGGCACGGGGAAGGCAGUACAGCACAGAGAAGACAAAUAGUGAUUCUACAGCAUCUUACAACGCUGAUGCAUACUGACUGUAAUGUGGUAUGUGGUGGGGACUUGAUAAUAGGGGGAGUCUAGUAACCAUAAUGUUGCUUGCUCAUGUCAUUGUACAUUAAUGAUACCAAAAUAUAAAUAAAUAAAAUUGAAAUUAGAUUAAGAUAUCUAAAAACCAAAAUUGAAAUAUUUAAACUUAUCUGAAAAUUUUAAGUUAGGGUACUUUUAAAGAGAAAAUAGAGAUCUUGGAAUAUUCUUAGAAUACAGCAAUAAACAUAAGAAACUGACCUAAUUAACACGUUUAUCUUCCAUUCAAGUUUAAUUUUAAGUAUGGAUGGGGAGAGGGAGGGGAGAGGGAAUUAAGUGGUUACAAGCGUCUGUUACUAAUAAUUCCAGCACACAUGUGAUUGGUACUGCAGAACAGACGAUGAAGCUUUUCCCAGGCCGCCAUACUCUUAAGGUCUUCUACUAACAGCUCUAGUUCCUAACUCACACUCAGCCGGGACCCGCGCACACGCGCGCACGGACGAAAUGCAGCCCGCAGCCCGCCGCCACCCGCCACGCGCCCGCAGCCCCGGCCGGCCCAAGCCGCGGGGCCGAGCGACGGCGAUCACGACGGCCGGGGCGCGGCGCGCGGCAGGCACUUUGCAGGGUCUGCGCCAGGCACAAGUUACUUCCCGGCUCCCGGGGGCCUCCGCGCUGAGGGAGGCUAACACGGACGGGAAUGAGGAGACGAGGAGGCGCCGAGGGGCAAGAGAGUGGGGAAACGCGCGGAGAGAAGCAACAGCUGCUCCACCCAGAGCAGAAAACUGGCCGGCCGCGUCCCGGCCGCCCGUCCAGCGCCGGGGAUGCGGCGGCGGCGAACCGUCCCGGCGGGCGGCAGCGGCGGCAGAAGCGGCCAGCGGGAGAGAAAUCGGGGACAGAUGAUUUCUGCUGAAGAUUGUGAAUUCAUUCAAAGGUUUGAAAUGAAAAGAAAUCCUGAUGAGAAGCAAGAGAUGCUUCAAACUAAAGGCAGUCAGUGUGCUAAAACAUUUAUAAAUCUGAUGACUCAUAUCUCCAAAGAACAGACAGUUCAGUACAUACUAACCAUGGUGGAUGGUACAUUGCAGGAAAAUCACCAGCGUGUGAGCAUUUUCUUUGACUAUGCUAAACGUAGCAAGAACAGUGCCUGGUCCUACUUUCUGCCAAUGUUGAAUUACCAGGAUUUCUUUACUGUACAUAUGGCAGCAAGAAUUAUUGCCAAGUUAGCAGCUUGGGGAAAAGAAUUGAUGGAAGGUAGUGACUUAAAUUACUACUUCAACUGGAUAAAAACUCAGCUGAGUUCACAGAAGCUGCAUGGUAGCGGUUUCGCUGUUGAAACAGGAACAGUCUCUUCAAGUGAUGGAAGAUGGAGAAGGUUCAUGUGACACAUUAUCUUAUCAAUGAUGCUGACAAGAAAGUUCCUGAUGGACUGCACUUCUGUGGGAGUUUGAAACUGUAAUUGGAUUUAAUUGUUAAGCCCGUGUUUGGUUACUUAGCCUAGUACAAGUGACACCAUAUUGAGCCUGUGUAUUUCUUUCUAACACAGGAAUAUAAGUCCCAUGUAAGUAAGUAUGAUAACUGUGGACUAUCCAACUCACCCAGUAGGUGUCACUAUAUGAAUGAGUGCCUAUAUGUUUUCAUCACUGAAUAAGAUUUCAUGAUUAUUAUAUCCUCAGUUGUUUCUUUGCCUAAGCCUUUCUUCUCAAGACACACAUUAUAACAAAUAUUUACCUUCUUACUAGAAAAUUCUUCUUUUUAUAAAUAUUCAAUUUUUUAUUCAGCAACCUUCUCUAGGAUCAUCUGUAUCUUGGAAACUUAGUGACUG